AUGGUGAGUAGGUUAGUUUUCACAAUUUUCCUCGGGAAUUGUCUCUGCUUGCUGCUGCUACAGUCUAGCUUGAUCGAUGCAAAUGAGGCCAACGUAAAUUGCUUGAAGUCCAUAUACAACCAAGUCAAGGAUCCAAACGGAUACUUAUCGAGUUGGGUAUUUGGAAACCUGACUCAAGGUUACAUCUGCAAGUUCAAUGGAGUGACUUGCUGGCACGAUGAUGAGAACAGGGUGCUGAGCAUUAAGCUCUCUGGUUACGGUCUCGUAGGAGAGUUUCCUCUUGGGAUCAAGAACUGCUCUGAUUUGACAGGUCUAGAGCUUGCUAACAACAACUUCUCUGGACCUUUACCAACCAACAUUGCCUCCUUGAUUCCAAGCGUCACGAUUCUUGACCUUUCCGACAACAGCUUCUCCGGUGAAAUCCCUGUCAUGAUCUCAAACAUCACCUUUCUCAACACGCUUUUGCUUCAGCGGAACAAGUUCACUGGUCGUCUUCCUCCCGAGCUUGUGCUGCUCGGACGGCUCAGUAAGUUCAGUGUGGCCGACAAUCGUCUCGCUGGUCCUAUCCCGAACUUCAACGGCACCGUCUUGAAGAUGAAACCGGACGACUUUGCUAAUAACGUGGAUUUGUGUGGUCCCCCUCUGGAUCCAUGCAAGGGUGCUUCUAGCAAUCGUGUUAAAGUUAUUGUUAUAGCGGCAGUUGGCGGAUUGUCUGUGGCGGCGGUUGUCGUUGGCGCUGCUUUGUACUUCUACUUCCGUAGAAUGGCUCUUGUUCGGAAGAAGUUGAAGGAUGAUCCUGAAGAGAACAGAUGGGCAAGGAGCUUGAAAGGACAAAAAGGGGCUAAGGUGUUCAUGUUUAAGAAUGCGGUUUCAAAGAUGAAACUGAAAGAUCUGAUGAAGGCAACAGAGGAAUUCAAGAAAGACAACAUCAUUGGGAAAGGAAGAACAGGGACUAUGUACAAAGGAGUGCUUGAAGAUGGGACUCCGCUGAUGAUAAAGAGGUUGCAGGAUUCUCAGCGCUCUGAGAAAGAGUUUGAUUCGGAGAUGAAGACUUUGGGGUCUGUUAAAAACAGAAACUUGGUGCCUCUCUUGGGGUACUGUAUUGCGAGUAAAGAGAGGCUUCUGAUGUACGAGUACAUGCCAAACGGUUACCUUUACGAUCAGCUACAUCCUGAAGACGAAGAGUCUUCCACUUCCAAGCUUUUGGACUGGACUUCGAGGCUGAAAAUCGCGAUUGGUGCGGCUAAAGGAUUGGCGUGGCUUCACCACAGCUGCAACCCGAGGAUCAUCCACCGGAACAUAAGCUCGAAAUGCAUAUUGCUGACUGCAGAGUUCGAGCCAAAGAUCUCUGAUUUCGGUCUAGCGAGGCUGAUGAAUCCCAUUGACACGCAUUUAAGCACGUUCGUCAAUGGAGAGUUUGGAGAUUUCGGCUACGUUGCUCCUGAGUAUUCGAGAACCAUGGUGGCGACUCCAAAAGGAGACGUGUACAGCUUCGGGGUUGUGCUUCUAGAGCUAGUGACGGGGCAAAAAGCAACGAGUGUGACGAUAGGAGGAUCUGAAGAAGCAGCAGAGGAAGAGAGCUUUAAAGGUAACCUUGUGGAGUGGAUUACGAAGCUGUCGAGUGAAUCAAAACUGCAGGAAGCGAUUGACAGGUCUUUGCUUGGGAAAGGUGUGAAUGAUGAGAUCUUCAAAGUGCUCAAAGUAGCAUGCAACUGCGUUCUACCGGAAGUACCAAAGCAGAGGCCAACCAUGUUUGAAGUGUAUCAGCUUCUGAGGGCCAUUGGAGAGAGCUACAACUUCACCGCCGACGAUGAUAUCUUGGUUCCAUCUGAAUCAGGGGAAGCAGAUUUCAUCGAAGAGCUCAUAGUUCGCUGA